UGAGCAUGGUUGGCCUAAUGUACGCAUAGGCCUACAACCACAACCCACACUAGCAGUUCGAAGCAACAGCAGUCCUCUGUCUUAGUUGAUUCGGAAGUCCUCCCGUUGAUUCAGUCACUGUAUUAACUAUGUCAGUAUUAAUUGGAUUAGUGGAUCAGAUAAUCGGAGCGUCUGACACAGUGAGCUGGGAUGUCAACAAGAUUGGUGGAACUCCGUCCUGGCUGACUGAAGGCCCGUCUCGACAGAUCCCCAACUGCCGACUGUGUGGUCGUCCCAGUAGUCUGGUCACUCAGCUGUACUGCCCCCUGGGUGGCUCCCCCUACCAUCGCCUACUUUACGUCUUUGCCUGUCUCACUGACUGCAGCAAGAGACGUGAAGGGUGGACAGUUUUCCGCAGUCUCAAGCUGGACAAAACGUACGGCUCUGUGAGUUCGACCUGUGACAAAUCUGGCUCAUCUGACUCAUGGCUGGAUGACCAGGAUGAUUGGGGAGAGGGGUCGGAUGACUGGGGUCAGGAGUCAGAAGAAUGGGGUCAUGGGUCAGAUGACUGGGAUCAAGGGUCAGGAGACUGGGGUCAUGAUCAAAGAUCAGGCAACUGUGGCGAUUCACACAUAGGUCAGAUGUUAAAAACAGAGGGUUCAGGCCUUGAGAAUGACCGGUUACCCGAUGUUGAUGGCGGGAAUGUUAGAGGGGAUGGUGAUGACCACACGAUGGCUACGUGCACAUCGCAAGCCAGAAGUGCCAAUGUUUCAAAAGGAGGCUCUGCUGAUGAGGAGAUGGACACGGCAGCAUUUUCCCAGAUGAGGAUCUCUGAAGGAUCCACUGGUAAUCCUGGACAAGUUUCUUCCCUCAUGCCUUCUGUCCAGUCGCAGAUGAAGGAUGUUUAUGAGGCAGGGGGUGUCCAGUGUAGCGGUGAUGGUGUAGGUGUAGAGGGUGAGCAACCAGUUUUGGCAGGGGGUGAGUCAGAACUGCUGGUGUGUGACGAGGGCCGGUGGAAUGCUGUUACUGGUCUACUCAACACUACAAUGGCGCAGGACUCCAGGUCGGCCACACAUCCAGCUUCCACAGUCUCCCCCUCAGGGGGUCCGGCCAUUUUACAGGCAUUCUAUUUGUGUGUGGUGGAGGAACCCACGGAGGCCGGGGAAAGGACCUCGGAUCAUGUGACAGAACUUAUUCGGGACUACGAGAGGUCAGAGGGGGUGAAGGUAGACCAGCUCAUGUCUGAAAGUAGUAAGCGGUCUGGCAAGGGGGCAGGGAAGGAGGCGUAUGAGAAAAGCGAGCUGAAGCAUGGAGACAAAAUUUUUCACAAGUUCUUAAAGAGACUGCAGCGCUGUCCCAAACAGUGCGUCAGGUAUGAACGUGGAGGCCAGCCUUUGUUGAUCCGAACCCUGGAGGCUCAGGACGUAGUCCAGUCUUGUGCUCAGUGUGGAGGUCAGAGGUCAUUUGAGCUGCAACUUCUACCUCCCCUGGUCUGUGCCUUGAAGCUGGAAGAUGGUUCUCUGUCCCCCCAUUGAGUUCGGGACGGUCUUGGUCUACACCUGUGACAACAACUGCUGGACACACGAUGACCCCAAUCUUGACUUUGUGGAAGAACAGGUGAUCCUACAGGCAGACCCUGAUGACCAUCUGUAUAGAUAACCAGUAACCAGUUAGAAUUGCUCUGUGAUAUGACUAUUAAAAUGUGUUUGUCUCCCUGUCCA